UCACGCGAAGGCGUGGUGCGGGGUUGGCGGUCCGGCCGGAUGGGCAGUUGAGGAGGAAGCGGAGCAGCCGCGGGGACUUUCUUUCAGGCGGCGAGGCCGCGGAGGGCGCGGGGUGGAGGGUACGAGCGCGCGGAAAGGAAUGAAGAACGCACCUGGCAGCUGAGGAUCGUGGCCGUUUCUAGAGGCGCCUGAGCCGCGUGCGCAGGCGUGGAGCGUCCGGGCGGGGGCGGGCCCUUAAAGGGGCCGCAGCGGAGGAUCCGGGAGUCCGCGGAGAACCCGGGGUACCCAGGGGUGGGGGUGGCCGAGGAUCGUGCGGUUGCACGGAUCCCCUCAAUAUCCCUGCCCCGGGUGGUGACCAGGCCCCGAGUAGAGCCGCCCUCGGAACCCAGUCUGUGGGCCGGCCCUGUGAUGAAUCCCCAGUUUAAGCGCGUCUCCCCGUCUCCAGCCCGCGGCGCUAUGGCUCACGUCAGCUCUCGCAAGCGCUCGAGGAGUCGCAGCCGGUCCCGGGGGCGAGGGUCGGAAAAGAAAAGGAAGAAGAGCAGUAAGGACGCCCCGAGAAGCUGCUCGGCUUCUAGAUCCCGAAGCCGCAAGGCCCGCACCACCUCCUCUGGGGCGGAGGCCUCACCUUCUCCCUGCGUCACAGAGAGAAGCAAACACAAGGCCCGGAGGAGACCACGAUCCAGCCCCUCCUCCUCUCCUUCCAGUUCUUCCAGCUGCUCUUCCUCCAGCGAUGGCCGGAAGAAGCGGGGGAAGCACAAGGACAAGAAGAGGAAGAAAAAGAAGAAAAGGAAGAAGAAGCUGAAGAAGAGGGACAAGGAUAAGGCCAAGGUGCAGCAGACCGAGGCUCUGCCCGGACCCUCGCUGGACCAGUGGCACAGAGCAGCCGAGGAGGACGAGGACGGCCCAGUCCUGACGGACGAGCAGAAGUCCCGCAUCCAGGCCAUGAAGCCCAUGACCAAGGAGGAGUGGGAUGCCCGGCAGAGCGUCAUCCGCAAGGUGGUGGACCCGGAGACAGGACGCACCAGGCUCAUUAAGGGAGACGGUGAGGUCUUAGAGGAAAUCGUAACCAAGGAACGACACAGAGAGAUCAACAAGCAAGCCACCCGAGGGGAUGGUCUGGCCUUCCAGAUGCGAGCAGGGCUGCUGCCCUGAGGGCCCCACUGGCCAAGGCCUGCACACAGUGUUGGUGGCACAGCCUGAGGGCUGGCCUCAGGGUGGGGAGCAGGGAGCCCGAUGGACGCUGCUUGUCUCUCUCCUGCAGACCGGCCUCUGGCCCAGCCUCCAGCCCAGCCUCCUGUCACAUGCAGGGGGUGGAGGGCAGGGUCACUGGCCUAACUGGCUCCCCUAACUCCUGAAAGAGUGCAGCUUCCCAGAUAUUAAACAUACCCUGGUCGGAGA